UAAUUUUUAAAAUAGCAUUCUAUUUCUUAAUAAUUAAAAAUAACGACCAAAGUUUUCAAUUCCCACAAACGUCUUAAUCCUUACCAACUCCAUUGUCUACGGAGCAGCAGGAAGCUCAUUGUAGCUUCUGCGUGUCCUCGGAAUGUCACAUGAAUUAUGACACAAACACUGAUUUCACCUCUUAGAAGAAAAGGUCAAAUUUAAACAGUUAUGCAAGGGAUGAAAAGGAAGGGGCCUAACCAAACAGGACCCUAAGCAGAAACCCUAGAGAAGCCCAUUGGGAGUGGAACAGAUACAGAAACUAAGUGCUUUGCCUGCCCGUGGAGUGACUCACCCUUCAGGACAAGCCAAGGGACCUCCCAUUCACUAACGGCCAUCUACCAAACGAAAGCAUGCCCAGCCUUUCAGGCCCUCGUGAACAUGUGCAGAAUUUCGUCUUCAGCUGGUUGUAUCCCAUUCUUACUGGGUUUCAACAAAGAUUCAGGAAUUUCCUAUUUGGCUCCUGGGCUUUCACCUUCUGGAAAAACAACAGAUUAUGCUUUUGAGAUGGCUGUUUCAAAUAUUAGAUAUGGAGCAGGAGUUACAAAGGAAGUGGGAAUGGACCUACAGAACAUGGGUGCUAAAAAUGUUUGUUUGAUGACAGACAAGAACCUCUCCCAGCUCCCUCCUGUACGAAUAGUUAUGGAUUCUCUAGUGAAGAAUGGCAUAAACUUUAAGGUUUAUGAUAAUGUGAGGGUGGAACCAACCGAUAGAAGCUUCAUGGAAGCUAUUGAGUUUGCCAAAAAGGGAGCUUUUGAUGCCUACGUUGCUGUGGGUGGUGGCUCCACCAUGGACACCUGUAAAGCCGCUAAUCUGUAUGCAUCCAGCCCUCACUCUGACUUCCUAGAUUAUGUCAGUGCUCCCAUUGGGAAGGGAAAGCCUGUGUCUGUGCCUCUUAAGCCUCUGAUUGCAGUCCCAACUACUUCAGGAACUGGGAGUGAAACUACCGGAGUUGCCAUUUUUGACUAUGAGCCUUUGAAAGUAAAAAUUGGCAUUGGUUCCCGAGCCAUCAAACCCACGCUGGGACUGAUUGACCCUCUGCACACCCUGCACAUGCCUGACCAGGUGGUCGCCAACAGCGGCUUCGAUGUGCUUUGCCAUGCCCUGGAGUCCUACACUGCCCUUCCCUACCACAAGCGGAGUCCCUGCCCUUCAAAUCCCAUCUCCCGGCCAGCCUACCAGGGCAGCAACCCAAUCAGUGACAUUUGGGCAGUCCACGCACUGCGGAUCGUCGCUAAGUAUCUGAAGAGGGCUGUCAGAAAUCCCGAUGAUCUUGAAGCAAGGUCCAGUAUGCACUUGGCAAGUGCUUUUGCUGGCAUUGGCUUUGGAAAUGCUGGUGUUCAUCUGUGCCAUGGAAUGUCUUACCCGAUUUCAGGCUUAGUGAAGACAUAUAAAGCAAAGGAGUAUAAUGUGGAUCACCCAUUGGUGCCUCAUGGCCUUUCUGUGGUGCUCACCUCCCCAGCGGUGUUCACUUUCACAGCCCAGAUGUUCCCUGAGCGGCACCUGGAGACGGCAGAAAUAUUGGGAGCCGACACCCGCACUGCCAGGAUGGCAGAUGCUGGGCCCGUUUUGGCAGACGCACUCCGGAAACUCCUACUCGAUCUGGAUGUGGAUGAUGGCCUAGCUGCCAUUGGCUACUCCAAGGCUGACAUCCCCGCAUUAGUGAAAGGAACGCUGCCCCAGGAAAGGGUCACCAAACUUGCACCACGCCCUCAGUCAGAAGAGGAUCUGUCUGCCCUAUUUGAAGCUUCAAUGAAACUGUAUUAAUUUUCAUUUUCACUGAAAGAAUUGGCUGUGAUAGUUCUGAAAUCAGAAGUUGAUCUAGUCAGAGCUCCACACAUAACUUACCUGUUACCAGUUUGAAUGUGAUAUAAAUUUAUCCUGCAGAAGAUUCCAUGAUGCUCAAAAGUCAAGCUGCUUCCAUAAUACAGUGUUCGAUGCCUUUACUACCGGUAGCCAGAUGUCUAAAUGUGACUCACCAGGAGGAGUGUGUGUUAUUCAUAUUGAUGAUGACUCUAAAGGAAGGAUUUAAAGGUCAAGCAUGAAGAAACAGACUUAGGAAGCCUUCAUAUUUUUUAUCUUAAUACCGAUCACUUUUGGCCCUCACAAUUUAAGUAUAUGAAAAAGGUAUGUUUCUUGACUUACCAGCUAUUAACAGAGUAUGAGGUAGGAGAUUAAGGCCAUUUCCAUAAACCGAACACUUUGAUGUUUCUGAGACAAUUGAGUGCAUUUUUCUAAAUAAAAUCCUUUUUAUUUUAUUUUCAAAAAUCAAAAAGUCCUCAGGUCUCACAGCUCCACUUAUAUGGGUUAAUUUACUUGCAAGGGCAAGGAACAUUAAAAAAACAGUAUUCAAAAGUUUGUGAAAUACUACUUUUAUAAAACUAUCCUCUAUGGUGGCAUUUUCACUUAAAAUACAUGCACAUCCAAAUUUAUUUCAUGAUACAAAAUACCUGUUUCAAAUGAGUCAUGUUUCUAAAGUUUUUGUCAAGUGCCACAAUAAAUAACUGACUGGUUUUGCACUCCUGUCCCUUCUCUAUGCAUAGGGAGUGCUGUGUUGGGCUUGGCAUUGUUUGUGUAGCUGUGGACACAGCUGUGGGGUGUUUUCAGUGGUCAAUGAACUAAGUCUGCUCUUGUAAAAUCCAGACAGGUACAGUAUCAAAAUAGAGAGCAAGAAAAAAUUGCUUUUCUGGCCUUUUAACCCUGAGAAAGAUUAAUGGUUGUUUGGAUUAGAAACUGUACCCUAAUGAGGGACUGUUGCCUCUGGGGAGUGGGUAUGAGAGAGGGGACUGCUCACCUCUGGGUCAAUACCGCACAGGCCGCCGUGUCUCUGAUGACCAGCAACCCCAGUCUGAGACAGCUGCCUGGGCUGGGGCUCCUCCAUUAAAUGCAUGAUCUCCUGAGACCUGCUGAGGAGGCCAGGCCACAUCCCAGCAUCACCAUCACAAUGGCCUGCACCAGGAAAAGCCACCCUUUGAGCAGAAAUUGGUUCUUGAAGCCCUAGGCUGAAUGACCGGCAGCUGGGGGUAGGAGGGUCUACUUUCUCAUGCUAUUAUUCCACUGUCUUUCCAACCACCCCACCAACUCUCAGAAUAAAUAAAUGUAUAAGCCUCACAAAUUGCAAUCCUGUUGGUGAUUUUGUCCCAUGUGAAAUCCCUCGGGAAGCUAUGAGGAGGACAGCUAAUUUUAAAAUAACCUCAUCUUAUUCAUUCUGGUUUUAAAUAUUAAGCUUUUGCAUUCUGGUGCUUUUACUUGAUUUUCCAAUUUAUGAAAUUGGAAACUAAUUAAAAUAAUCACAAGCGAAAAUGAGAAAAAAAAACUACCAUCAUGCCAUUAUCCAAACACAGCUGUUAUCAUUUGAUAUAUUUCCUUUCCAUCUUUUUCAUUCCAUCUAGCUCUUAAGGCCUAACAUUUUCAGUAUUUUCUAUGUUGCCAUAUAAUCUUCAUAACCAUUCAUUUAAAAGGUGCAUGCUAGUUUAUUGAACAAGAAUUUAAUUUAUUCUUAUAGGGCUUCAAGAUUGCUUCCAAAUUUUACCCUCCCAAUACCAUAGCAAUGAAUAUUGUGUAUACAGAUUUUUUCAGACUCUAAAUUAAUUUCUGAGGCUAAUUCAUCCCCAAAUGAAAUUUUACAGUAGAGUAUGGACAUUUUUAUGGCUCU